UAGGUGUUUUAUGGAAUGCGUAAGAAGGUAGUUGAUUUUUGUGUAAAGGUCUUUAAAUAUAUAAGUAACCCAAAUAACGAGAUACCAACGUCUAUGGAGGUUAAUUUAAAAAACAAUGAAAAGAUGGUACUUUCUUUCAAAAAGGUCGUAAAUCCUCGAAGUGACAAAACCAUUGCGAUAUCAACGACUACAAAAGAAGAAAAUAAUACACCAGAAACACAAUGUACACUUAUAAAGGAAGAGAAUAAUACGCCAGAAACACAAAUUACACUUAUAAAGGAAGAGAAUAAUACGCCAGAAACACAAAUUACACUUAUAAAGGAGGAGCAUAAUGCACCAGAGAUACGAUCUACAAUUACAGAGAAUGAUAUAACAGAUGAGCAAAUUGAUUUGCUGACUUCUAUUUAUAAUGGAGCGACUUCUAAUGAUACGAAAAAAUUAACUAUUGACGAUUUGAAAUCAAUUUUUGCAUGUUUUAGUCAGGACAAUACUGAUGAGGAAUAUGAUAUUAUGAUGAAAAUUCUUGACUCUAAAAAUGAUGAUGAAACAGGACUCGACAAAUUUUUGACUCUAUUCAAAUCCAAGAGUAGUAAAAUAGAAAAUGGGGAAAUACUAUCUACACGUAGUUCAGUUAAUAAUUAUUUCAUUAAACUAUUUCAGUAUUUUUCAAAUGGAAAGAGAUACCUCAAUAGUGGUGAUAUAAAUCAUAUGGUUAAAGUGAUAAAUCGUGUUGGUAUGGGAUGUCCUGAAGUAAAUACUUUUAAAAAAUUUUGCCAUGCAAAAGGCCGAAUUACUUAUGAUGAGUUUUGUGCUAUAUUUAAUAAUUGAAGAUAAACAAAUGAAAAUUAUUUGAUAGUUGAGUUGAUACGGCAAAUGAUAACUCAAAAAGUUUAAUAAUGAAAUAUAUUUGUUAUAUACUUUAAAUUAUAUUUUCAUAUUUAAAAUAUACUUACUGGAUAUUUUUUAUCAAAACUAUUUUUGAUAAUUAGUUAGAAUACAAAUAAAUAAAGUCAUGUUUCCUUUUA